GGGGUUAUCGUGCAGCAAGCAGUCGGAUGAUGAAUGAAACGAGCGAGGGACAAGUGCUGGCGCCGUUGGGCACGAGCAACGGCGGGCUAACUACGGAAGUUCGUGGGAGUAUCAAGCGUGCAAUCAUACAGGUUUUAAGGGUAGGUUAAAGGUGCUUUUCUUACCGCUUUUUAUGCCUCUCCUAAGGGAGAAAGGCAUAAAAAGCGGGGUAAGCGAGCACCAAAAACCUACCUCUAAAGGUUUUUAGAAGAGAACUAGAC